UGUGUGUGUGUCCCUGACAGACUUUAUUACAUUCAUGAAUUCUGUGAUCUGCCACCGGUGUCACUGAGUCCUUGAACCAACAAUUCUGUGUUGAUUAUUCUGCCAUCACUAAAAAUUUGAGAUAUUUCAGCAAAUUCCAACUCAACCAGUAAUUACUUCUCCCUCCUCGCUUCCUCUCGCCUGUUGCCGUGCGGCGCUGCAUCUGCCGCGCUGCUCGGUCCAAAGUUCAUUAAGGACGACGAAGCCACUGGAAGACGCGGCCGAGCGUUUGCCAUGGAAACGCGGCUCGAAUCCAUCUCACCUGCUGUUUUGCUGCAGAAAAACCUUUGGAGAGAGCGUAACGACAGAGACAUUUGGAAUUUCUGUCAAUGGAAGUGUUUUGCUGAUGCCCUUGAGGCAGGUCCAGUACGUGUUAAAACGCUGUGGGAACAGCAGAAAACAUGCGUCACUGCCCAUCAGCCAAUCCGGACUGGUCCAUUUCUCUGCCUCCACUUUUAAUACAUUUGAUGGGUCUCGUGGCUCCGAGGCACUUUGUGUGGCCUUUCCUGUUUCCUGUUUCGUUCUCUGAGAAAAUCCACGCCGUGGCAGGAUUGAACAAUAUUCCACUCUGUAUUGAUUCAUGGCCGACCCAUCAAAGGGCGUCAGCCUGGUGAUCAGUCACUUUAAUGUCCUGGUUCAAGACACUGUGUCUUUUACUGCAUCAGAAAAAUAUCUAGAGAUUUCAGAGAGUGGGUCCACAUGUAAAGAAAUAGGGCUUAGCAACAAAUAACACACGAAGCAAUCCACCUUAUUAUUACUGGAUCAGUUUGUGAUGAACGCUGACCCCUGGACACUGAGAACAAUCUUUUCAUGUUCAGCCUCCUGCUUCCUGCUUCUCUUUUUACCUUUUAGCCUCUUUGUUUCAUCUCUUUACGUUCAUUCAUUCUCUCUGUAAUCCCACACACACAAGAUCACAGCCAUCUGUAAAUGUAAUUAAUUCCCAUGUAUUGAAAGUGAAAGGUUUUCUGGUUAGUGGAUGCGAGGUUUGACCUCGGCAGGUUUUGCUUUCAGGUCACUGAUGCCCUGAAGCGUGUGCUCGGUCGCUGUCCGUGGUGCUGAAAGGAAACAGGCUCUCCGACCACUGUUCGGACCUCCUCCGUGGGAACACGCUUGCUGUUUGUUUGAUACAUCCGCAUUCAGCUCUGGGUUUCUGUUGGAAACAUGCAAUAAGUCCAGAAUAUUAAAAACGUGAGUCACACCGGCACCGUCAGUCUGCUCAGUGCCUCACAAAUUGCACCCAGCGGGGAACCGGGGCUUUUGGGGCGUCUGGGAGGCGCAGGCGCAAACGUCAUAGUCCUAUAAUAGUUUUUGGAUUGAAGUCCCACGCGCACGAGGGCACAGGAUGAUUUUCUCUUUCCCGUUAGCGACGCCGUGUUACUAUUCUUGAAGUUCAGCCUCUGUGUGCAGACUGAACCGCUGUCUGUCGCUGUCGCGUUUACGUUGGACAAGGCGUAAAUCGCGGAGGAACUGACACCACCCUCCGCCUCCCCCUCCGCACCUUGUCGCGGUGCCGCAGCGGCAGCAGCAGCAGCAGCAGCAGCAGCCCCGUUUCCAGGACGCCUUGUGAGUGAGUUCUUCAGCCAAACGCGGGGAUGCGUCGCCACCGACGGCUUCGUGGACACCUGCGCCCCUGAACAUCGCGCAUCGUUCAGAGCCGUUGAUGCUGAAGAAGCGUGACGACGCCGACAAGAGCAGUUUCGCUGCGUCGCUGUGAACACAAACACACACACACUCUCACACACACACACACGCAGAUACUGUGACGCCCUCAGAGACGAUGACCUACCUGCUGACUGCCAUCGUUCUGCUGCCUUUGGCGGCCUCAGAGCACUGCGUCAUCAAACAGGAACGUGAGAAAUGCAUGGAGAGGAUCAUGGAGCACAAUGACCUUGAGUUAGGAUGCCCCUGGAUGUGGGACAACCUGACCUGCUGGCAGGCGGCGAGCGUGGGCGACGUCGUGGUGGUCAACUGCCCGGAGGUCUUCCAUGACAUCACUGAGCCCGUGGACAAGAUGGUGCAGGUGAGUCGUAACUGCACAGAAGACGGAUGGUCGGACCUUUUCCCUCAUUAUGCAGAUGUCUGCUUCUUCUUCUACGACAACACCUCCAACCCAGGCAUGUACUACGCGUCAGUGAAGGCCCUGUACACGGUCGGCUACAGCACAUCCCUGGUGUCUCUGACUACAGCCAUGGUCAUUCUCUGCAGAUUCAGGAAGCUCCACUGCACCAGGAACUUCAUCCACAUGAAUCUGUUUGUGUCCUUCAUGCUGAGAGCCAUCUCUGUGUUCAUCAAGGACGGCGUUCUGUACGCGCAGGAGGACAGCGACCACUGCUCCGUGCACAUGGUGGCCUGCAAAGCCGUGAUGGUGUUCUUCCACUACUGCGUCAUGUCCAACUAUUUCUGGCUCUUCAUCGAAGGCCUGUAUCUCUUCACGCUACUGGUGGAGACCUUCUUCCCCGAGAGGCGAUACUUUUACUGGUACACCAUAGUGGGAUGGGGAACUCCCACCAUUUGUGUGACGGUCUGGGCAGUUCUGAGGCUGCAUUUUCAUGACACUGGAUGCUGGGAUACAAAUGAGAACACUGCCCUCUGGUGGGUAAUUAAAGGACCAGUUGUGGCCUCCAUAAUGAUCAAUUUCGUCCUCUUCAUUGGAAUCAUCAUUAUCCUGGUCCAGAAGCUGCAGUCCCCAGACAUAGGAGGCAACGAAUCUAGCAUUUACCUCAGCUGUGCACAGAAAUGCUUCAGUGAGCCCACGCAGGCUGUUCAGCAUUCGUGCAGGAUGUCAGAGUUAUCCACAAUCACACUGCGUCUGGCUCGCUCCACCCUCCUGCUCAUACCUCUGUUUGGCAUUCACUACACUGUGUUCGCCUUCUCACCUGAAGACGUCAGCAAGAGGGAGAGACUGGUUUUUGAACUGGGACUGGGAUCCUUCCAGGGCUUCGUGGUGGCCGUCCUCUACUGUUUCCUCAACGGAGAGUUUCUUCCUGAAGGUGCAGUCGGAGAUCAAGAGGAAAUGGCGCAGCUGGACAGUGAACCGGUACUUUGCUGUGGACCUGAAGCAGCAGAGACACCCUUCGCUGGCGAGCAGCGGGGUGAACGGCGGGACGCAGCUGUCGAUCCUCAGCAAGAGCAGCUCCCAGAUACGCAUGUCCAGCCCGCUGGCGGAGAACGCCAACAUCAGCCUCCCCACCUGAGCGUCUGACUGGUCAGAGUCCCCUUCAAGGUGCCGUUCAUAAGCCAGACCAACCAGAGCAGACCAAAGUGACCCCUGAGACCUCUUCUAUUCAUUACGGUGCGUUACUGGCUUUAACUCCUAUUAUUUGAAUACACAGUGAAAGUAGAUUUCUUUUUAUAUUUCAGUAUUCUCAGAUAUUCUCAUUAGAUUGAUAUCCUUUGUGAUUAAUGAAUGCAAAAUGCCUCAAAAUCAAAUUUUAUGCUAAAUUAAAACUCAUAAUUUGUUUAAUGUACACAACUGUAUUUUGGUGCAAAAGAAACGCUCCUAGCUGUGAAAAUUCACUAAAUGUCAAAUCUAGGGGUCAUUUUUGGCUGUUGGUGUAAAUUAAAUAUGCUUCAAAGUGCCAUACAGGUUGUUUGACUGGAUCGGAUCUGAUCUAAGUCCAAAGUUAAAUAUCAACCAAACCUCUGCCUUGCUUGUACAAAUGCUGUAUAUGUCAUCUUACAUUUGAAGAUUUUUUUACAACCAGCCGUAAGUACAAAGUAUGUCAAAAAAUAUUUACUUAAAAACGUUGAACUUUGUGAAUAGUUUUAGUGUCUAUAACCAGAUGUUUCCUUUUUCUUUUACAUAAUGCAGUAUUGUAAUGACCUUUUCAAACAAAAGGAACUGGAGCCCAGAUCUGUAGACUUCAUCACAAGAACCAAAAGAUCCUUCCCACUCUCAACUAUUUAUUUAUAUUAAAAAUGUGAGCAUGGUGCCAAAACAAAUGGGUGACAGAAAGCAACGUGUCCUAAGUUGGAACUCAAAAGGUGAAUUAGUUAGAAAAUAAAUGUUUUUUUAAAUUUUGACUCAAAAAACACACUGGACUCCCUGAGCUGAAUUAUCCCAAACUAGUGCAGAGCUCUUCAGUAGUUGCCUCCAGGUAGAUUUUUUUUCACAGAUCCAUCAUAUAUAUUUUUACAGGCAGUGAACAGAAAACAAUCAUGUGCCAUUGAUUUGGAUGCUUUUACCCAAAGCUCCACAUAGUGCCAUAGGUUUAUAUGUGCAGUGUUAGAUUGUUGGCUGUGAAUCGAAGCCUCAACACGCUCUUAAAGACAGCGGGACUCUUUGUCUCGUUCUCUUUUCACAUGAGCUUUAACUUGGUGUCAAAUUAAAGAGCUCUUGAUUUUAUAAGGUGUAAUAGCAACCAUCUACAUUCAAAGUGCCUAGUUGUCACAAAUAGUCAUUUUUAUUUACAGGUAAGCGAUCACAUAACACAAAGAUGAAGAAUGUACAGAGUGAUGUCUUUUACUGUCAGUGACUUUUCAAAUUAUGCGUUUUAUUGUGUAUGUCUACAAGAAAAACAGAAAAAAUGCUUAUUUAUCACUCUAAUAGUUAUUUUUCUCUUUCAAAUACCAUGUGUGAAGAGUCCAGCUGAGCUUUUUUCAGUCGAGUGGGGACUUGAGUAACAGCGCUAGGUAAUUAGUUUUUCGAGCUUUCUGAAUAUCACUCUAAUCUAUUAGAGGUGAUUGUGAGACUUGAGUGCAAACACAAUACACACGACGUCACUAUGUGCUGUAACAUUCAACACAAAAUGCUUUAUUGUGACAGCUCUUGACAAUCUGAGGGUUUUGUGCCAUUUUCUUAAAAAAAAACUGUCCUGGUAGAAAAUCAUUUCCGGAGACAAUUCACAUGUGAAAUGACUGCUUUAGGAGGAUUUUUCCAUCAUGUGCAAAACUUUAUUUUUCGUACUUUCAUCUGGAUGGAUUCAAAAUGUGUGAAUCUUAUAAAAAUAAGGAUGUAUAUUUUCCAUAAACCUUGUAUAAGUAAAAUCAGCCAAUGUACAGUAUACAUGCUUUUCUGUAUAAUAGCUGUAUGACUGAUGUGGAAAGUCGUUACUCUGAUUGAUUUUCUUGGCCAAUGUGCCAUAAACGGUGACACACAUGUGUUGACCCAUGUCUGGUUAAUUUAAAAGAAAAAACAACAACUAAUGCUAAUUGCAAAUAAAAAUGUAGAAGGUUUAAAGCGAGUUAAAAAAUUGUUGUAACCUGUGAAAAGUAAGAUAGUGUACAUAUAACUGCUGACGUGACUCACAGGUUCCAGAAGAUGGUUUUAUUUUGCUUGGAAGCCUCCGAAAGGUGAAACAACUACUACAGAUAAAACACAAAGUGUGUGCGAGGGUGAAAUCAAAACCACUCUGCUGCUUCGUACGUGUUCUAUCACCAGCCGUCACUCUGAGUCGGAACCGGCUCAGAUGGAAACGACCAUGUGUCAAAGCUGUUACUGUCUGUGAGGGGGAAAAACAAAUGGAAAACGCGUAGUUGACCAAAUGUUUGCUUUAGAAUCUGCCACCAGAUGGCAGCAAAGCGUUUCAGUUCGGUUUGGUAGAAAGGUUCGGCGUGUGUUUGAGGAACUGAUGUAAUUUGUAAUCACGUGUAUUUUAUGACUUUGUUUUCUGGAUCUAUGAAGCCACUCUACUGCAAUUUGUGAAAAUCAUCAGGGCUGAAAAAAAAAGUUUUUGCUUUGUUUUUUAUGAUACACUGUCAACUACAGUUUAUUCUGAGAUAAGAUAAAUGUUAAACUAGUUUGCCUCACUACAACAUCAAGCAAACUCAACACACCUCUCUUUAAAAAAUACUUUACCAUCAUAAAGUGAUCGCAAAGCAAAUCUUUUGAUGUAUUAAUCGAAAGCAAUAAUUAGAUACUUUUGGAAAUGUUUACCAUUUGCUGUGAUGAGAGAGGACCAAGUCAAUGCCACAUUCUUUUGUGUGUUUCCUUGAGAGGAACCAACCUGAAACUGCUCCCAAUGACCAGUUAGCAUAAGCUAAAGUAUCAUAAAUCUACAACCAGCCCCGUUCUGACUCCUUUCAACCUUCACUUCUUGUCUGAGCAUUAAUGUUGCAAAUGUUUUUACCAAACUGUCAACUUAUUGUUUUGAAUGAAGCUUUUGUCCUUGUGGCAUAUUUCUGUGCUCAGAAGCCUUUUUCUUUGGCAUCGGUGCCCGUUGAGGUGGUUUCAGUGUGUGAGUGUGGUUUUCUGUGUUGCCUAUAAAUUAUUGAAUGUACAGUUGUUGCUCUGCAGCUCUUAAAUGUCGCCUGCUAUCGAUUUGCAAAUGUACAAAUGAUGUCUUUUUUUGAUCGUAUACACUAUGUAUAUUUUGGCACAUAGGUGGAACCCAUGACUAAAAUCUGUAAUGUUGGUGUUUUUGUAGUUAUUUUUGCUGUUAGAGUGUGUGUGAAAAGUGGAGAGUGUGUAUUCAGUAUGUAUGUGUAAAUGCAUACGUGGCAAUUUACUGUAAGUAACUUAAAUGUUGAAAAGAAGAUCAAAAAACCUUCAUCUGACCUUUGUUCUAUCUGCAGCAGUGUCGUGUGCUACAUGCAUUCUUGUGUCCAACAUUUAUGUCCCAGGUUGUGCAACGCAAACUGACUGCAAAAUAAAUAUCUACUGUGAUACGUCC